GGGUAACACGAUCCGCUCGCGGAUACUUGAUGUUUGGGAAAUUCAACGCUCUUCCGUUCCCUUCUCUCUCCCUCUCUCUCUCUCUCUCUACAGACCCGAUUCUCUCUAAACGUAAACCCUCCUCUUCAAGAAGUAGAAGAAGAAGAUAAAAGGAGAGAGGAUGGGUGAAAGGCGUCAGGUUGUUGAGAUCAUAGCUGUUGUUAUGAUGGUGGGGUAUUUCUCAACGAUUGCUCAAGCGCUUAGGUUUGAGCUGCAAUCAGGACACACCAAAUGCAUCUCAGAAGACAUAAAGAUGAACGCCAUGUCCGUCGGCAAAUACAGCGUCGUUUCUCCUAAUGAGGGCCAUCCUGUUCCAGAUUCCCACAAGAUCACUGUCCGGGUGACUUCCCCUUAUGGUAACAGCAUCCACCAUGCUGAUCACGUGGAAUCUGGGAAUUUUGCUUUUACUUCGACAGAGGUGGGUGACUACAUGGCUUGCCUAUGGGCGCCUGAGCACAAGCCAUCCGUAACAAUAACAGUUGACUUCAGUUGGAAGACAGGUGUUGCUGCCAAGGAUUGGUCAAACGUUGCCAAGAAAGGGCAGGUUGACGUCAUGGAGCUGGAGUUGAAGAAGUUGGAGGAUACUGUCAAAGCCAUCCACGAUGAGAUGUUCUACCUCCGUGCAAGGGAGGAAGAAAUGCAGAACCUGAACAGAGCAACCAAUUCAAGAAUGGCCUGGUUGAGCAUCCUGUCACUCUUCAUCUGUUUAUCAGUGGCGGGGUUGCAGCUAUGGCAUUUGAAGACCUUCUUUGAAAGGAAGAAGCUUCUUUAGAUUUAUUUUUGGUUGUUGUUGUUUUCCCUUUUUAACCUAUUGUAAAAAUAUUUCGGCAAUAACGCGUCUUUCCCUUUCACACACUGCAAUUCCUCUUGAGAAAAAUUUACAAAGACAGAUCACCAUUGGACA